AUGACGACAACAGGAGCGGCAAGCCGCGGCGCCAUGAUGAACGGCGGAGAUCGAGGUCACCGAGAGGCGGACGAGACAGAGAUCGUGAACGCAGCAGGUCUCGUGAGAGAGGGCCGCCUCGAGACCGCGACCGGCAUCGAGACCGAGAUAGAUAUCGCGAGCGGGAUGUCAAUGGCGGAGACAGAAGAGAUAGAGACCGUGAUCGAGAUCAUGGUCGGGACAGGGACCACAAAUCAUCAAGGCACGAGCGGACAAGAUCACGCUCACCAGUUCGCAAUGGGGCAGGCCGUGCGGGUCGUGUAUCGCCUCCGCGGCCCACGAGGUCGGACCAGGAUCGACCGCGUGCGCGUGAACGAGAACGCGACGUGA